GAAGUGAUUCCUGCCUCGCGGACCGCGUGUAGUUGGAGAUCGCACGCCUGCCGCUGCGAUGACCAAAAUAAAGGGAGAUCCCGACGGGCGGGAGGCUCAGGCGGAGGCGUGCUCGGGAGAGCGCACUUACCACGAGCUGCUGGUGAAUCUCAACCCCAUCGCACAGCCUUUGGCUUCUCGCCGUCUCACUCGGAAGCUCUACAAAUGUAUCAAGAAAGCCGUGAAGCAGAAGCAGAUUUGGCGCGGGGUGAAAGAGGUUCAAAAGUUUGUCAACAAAGGCGAGAAAGGGAUCAUGGUUUUGGCAGGAGACACGUUGCCCAUUGAGGUAUACUGCCAUCUCCCAGUUAUGUGUGAGGACCGGAAUUUGCCCUAUGUCUAUAUCCCCUCCAAGACGGACCUGGGUGCAGCCGCAGGGUCCAAGCGCCCCACCUGCGUGAUAAUGGUCAAGCCCCACGAGGAGUACCAGGAGGCCUAUGACGAGUGCCUGGAAGAGGUGCAAGCCCUGCCCCCACCCAUGUGAAGGACUUGGGGGCAGCAACCUGGGUACUUGCUCCAGAAGCUGUUGGGCUGGCAGGGAGCCAGCUGGCUGCCCUCCUGCUGCUCAUACUCGUAGCAUCUCCCAGUUUCCUGAGGCGUGUAUUUUUCCCAGGCAGCUCCAACAGCAUCUUCUCCAUCGGUGUUGUUUCUUGUUUCCUGGCACUCAGUUCCAAGAAUGAGGUGUGAGGGAAGUAAAUGCUAAGACUAAAAUGUG